CUAGAGGCGUACUAAAGAGUGCUGAGAGAACUCUGCUCUAAGUGCUGCUGUCAUUUGCUAAGGCAUUGCUGGAAUUUUAACUUUGCAUGUGGACAAUUGCGAAGUGACACCCAUUUAUAUAAUUGACUUGACUAAACAUUGAGAGCGCAACGACAAGCCUUUGCACACCACCGGUACACCACGACCCGGCCUUCCCUCGGUGGAAAACUACGUUUCCCCCUUCCCCUCCCCCCUUUCUAUUGGCACAACACCGAAAAAUCUUCGUACACAACAGCUGAUAAAUAGGCAGAGAAAAGGGCAGAAGCAGGCCGCCGGCAGGCCCAGGCAGGCCUGUGUUGUCAUGGUUUUUAUUCAUCAAAAAUAUGGCGACACAAUUGUCUUCAAUGUUGGUCCAUCCAAUGAGAAUUCAUCCUGGUGAAGAUGUAUUAAAUGUACUUCAGGAAUUUGUACGGACAAAUGAUCUGAAAGCUGCUUUCAUAGUGACAUGUGUUGGCAGUGUUAAGCGUGUCAAGUUACGAUUUGCCACAGAUUCAGAGGGUAAAGAAGCGAUUUCAGAUAUUGUAGAAAACAUGGAAAUAUGUUCUUUGGUCGGAACUGUUGCCCAAGAUGGGAGUCACAUUCAUGGAACAUUUGGUAAUGUUAAAGGACACACUGUAUCAGGUCAUGUCAUGGGUAACAUGGAGGUUCAGACUACUGUAGAAAUAGUUAUUGGUAAUGCAGUUGGUUACCAUUUCAGUAGAGAAUUAGAUGACAAGACUGGCUUUAAGGAGCUUGUGGUAGAGAAGGAAAAAAUAUAAAUCCACCCUCCAACUUGUGAUGUCAACAAGAAGCCAAAAAAAUAAAAGACUAAUACGCCA